AUUUAAAGGCGUGUGUAACUCAAAAAAAUAGCAAGAACAAAAAGAACUGACUGUAGAAUAAGAGGGUAUCACAGCAUGAGACAGAAGUUCUAAGUCAUGGACAAAAAAAGACUGAGAGUAGAGGGGAAGUCUGACCAAAGUGCUCUGCUUCUUCCUGCCUAGAUCAGCUCAGGAAGUUGGGCAGUAAGGGAGGGGAGGGCUGACACAGAGAAACAUAUUUUCCCUUUGCGUUUUAGUUUUUCCUUAUUCAGUCCUGCUCGAUCAACAGGAGGAAGAAAAAGGGGGGCAGAGAGAAGGCGGGGUUUCCAAUGGAGCUGAGAGAGUGACAGAGAGCAACCGAAUGCUCAGUCUGUGGAAUUAUGAUGGAAGACAGCGAUGUUUCCCAGGACACUGGCCACACAAGCCCUCUGACAGGAGCGCUCGAUACUCCCCCUGAUACCAUCCCCUCGUCUUCUCCCCUCUCUCCACCUUCCAUGCCGUCACACCUUCCAGCCCGACCAUGUCGACCCAAACCGUUGCCUCCCGCAGUGAAGUCCAGCCAGCUCCCCUCUCGACCUCCCUUACCUCCGUCCACUCCUCCGUCCCUCCCUCCCCCUGUCCCUCUUGUCUCCAAACCUCCCACUCUCUCCAACCACCCUCCCCCAUCUCUUCCACCUCCUCUCUCCCCAGUCCCAGUCUCUCCUCCCGUGCUUUCUCCCCAGUCAGCUGCCUGCUCUGAUCUUGCUCCCUCUUUUCCUCCUUGUUCUCUUCCUCCUCCAUUAUCUCCCACAGUCUCAUCCUCCCCUUCCUCACCCCCGCCUCAACCUCCCCCUGUCAUCCCACCAGUCUCUCCAGCUCCUCCGCUGCUGAGCCCUAUAGAUCGUCUGAUUGGGAGUUCCUCAGUAUGGCAGCCCAAAGGACUGAGCCAAGACCAAACCUCUAGUAUCCUGGAGAAAGAGACGGCUGGGACUUUCCUGGUUCGUAAUACAGAGGACAAGGGCAUCACGCUGUCAGUCCGCAUGCCUGAUGAACAGGGGGAGCAGCUCAUACACAGUCUGAUGGUCAAACAACACAAGACAUUUGUCCAUUUAGAUGGCUCCUCUCUGGUUUUUGAUGACAUCUUCAAACUGAUCUCCUUCUACUGUGCCAGCAGGGACAUCCUGACCAUCCCACUGAGGUUACCCCUGGCGAUUACCACGGCAACUAAGAGAGAGGAGCUGGAGGUCAUCUCUGCUAUGGGUGCAGAUUUCUGGACAUCUGAUCUGAACCAGAAGGCAAAGAACCAGAACCUGGUUUUGGAUAAAAACCACAACAGUCUGUAUUUGUAUGUCAAUCCAGUUACCGUGGAAGAGAGCCCCAACAAAGACCUGAACCAUUCUUCUAUCUCCAAACUCGAUAUGAUCACCAAUCAAAACACCACCUCCUCCCUGCAGAAUGGAGAAGGCCCACAGAAGGUUAGCCCAGAGGACAAAGGUCAGACUAAGACCACACCCAACCAGGGGAUUAAAUAUAAGCGUCCCCCACCCCGACCCCCCAGCCUGGGCACAGGAUCUGGGAUGGGCCUCCUCUUCUCCUCUCCCCCCUUGCUUCACAGUUCAUCUUCUGUAACUCCAGCAGCUGUGAGAAAAGAGGAAGGAAAGGGAGGAGGGGAGAAAGAAGAGAGGAAGUCAAUGUCAACAUCACCUUCUCCAUCGAGGCCUCCCAUUCCCCUGCAGGGCCGAGCUGCUCCACCUCUGCCUCCUGCUCCUCUCCGUCGCACCUCUUCCAAAAACAGCACCGACCGAGAGGUAGGACAGGGGAUGGAGAGAGAGAAGGGACAAAAUCCUGCCAAGAAAACUGAGAAAAAGGGGGGAGGAGACAGAGGAGAGGAGAAAACAGGAAGUAGAUCAGGUCUGCUGGGUGAGGAGGCUGAACAAGAGAACAGUAGUCAACAUCAACAAGAUGUUAAAAGGGACAGAGAAAAGAGAGAGAUAGAGGAUGAGAAGGAGGGAAAAGAGGUGAAAAUGGAUAAAGAAGAGGACAAGCACAAAAUCAGUCCCCAGUGUUCGUCAUCAGUCAAGAAACCAUCCCGACCAGUCCCUCCACCAAGAAGGAAACCAUGCUCCCCGGACGCAUCUGUGUGCCCCAACCAGGCUGCAGGAGGAUUAGUAAAUCAGAGUGCUGGGAUGAGAGUCCCUCCUCCCUCGUCAGCACGGCGGCCAGAUGUGUCACUGUACUCGCCACAAGGGGGCGCGGUGCUAGCGACUGACCCUGACUCCUGCUCUACCAGCAGCACAGAAGAGGAAGGAGAGCUGAGCCAGGAACAGGAGCAAAACAACCAUCGCCCUGCAGAGAGCCGUAGUCCCAAGGCAGCAGUGAGGAGAACAUCCACCACCGUUAUGUUAGACCGAGCCCGCUACCGUCUGUCCACCGUCCUCACCGGCCUCAUCAGCCACGACCGCCGUCUCACUCAGCGCAUAGUGGAGCUGGCCAGGGACCCCCUGAGCUACUUCGGUAACCUGGUAAAAGAGCACCGUGCUUUCACCUUGGAGACCAUGUCAAACCACUCCUCCUCCACUGAGCUGUUACAGGAGAUCAGACAGAUGAUGACUCAACUGAAGAGUUACCUACUGCAGAGUACAGAGCUGCAAGCCAUGCUGGAGCCUCAACAUCAGUAUGUACAAGACAAACUAGAGAACAUUGUGGAAGCUGCUCUGUGUAAGAGCGUACUGAAGCCACUAAGGGAGCCAAUCUACCAGAGUCUGGAAAAACUGCACAUCAGCGACAGCAGCAUGAAACAGCUGACACAGAAUCAGUCUGUUGUCUUAGGAAGCACCACCACUGCAUUAGGAGUAACCACUGCUGUCCCUGAGGCCUCGGCUAUGGAGAAGAUCAGCAUCAAACUGAACAACCUUCAUCUGGAGUAUUCUCCUCAGAAAAAGAUUGAGCUGCUGCUCAAGGCCUGCAAGAUCAUCUACGACUCCAUGUCUAUCAGCUGUCCAGGGCGGGCCCAUGGCGCUGAUGACUUCCUUCCUGUAAUGAUGUACGUCCUGGCUAGAUCCAAUCUGUCUGCCCUGCAGCUCGAUGUUGAAUAUAUGAUGGAGUUGAUGGACCCAUCACUAACAAUAGGAGAAGGUUCCUAUUAUCUGACCACCACCUAUGGGGCUCUGGAGCACAUAAAGACUUUUGACCAGCAGAGGUCAGCAACACGGCAGCUCAGCAGAGAGGUUCAGGACUCUAUCCACCGCUGGGAGAGACGACGCACACUCAACCAAGAACGCAUGGCCCAAGGAUCUGUUCGGGACUUUCUAACAGUGUGCUGUCCUGAGGUUGGAACCAACGCCAAAACUCUGGGUGUCCUCCCCACUACAACAAUUGAACAGCUGGCUGAGCAAUGUGCUGCACGCUUUGAACAAGACUCCUACACACUCAGUGUAUAUAUGGAUGGUGUUCACCGGCCCCUGGCCUCUACAGAGCUGGCACUCAGUGUUAAGAACAGCUACCAACCUGGAGCCUACUGCUUUGUCUAUCACCCUGUUGACCAACCCAACAACCAGCCUGGUCGCAGUUGCCCCAGUGACCCACCCCCAGCCCCACCUACAGAGAGCUUCUUCCCAGCUGACAAAGAAGAUGUUGAUACUGUGGAGCCAGAGACGGAAGAGGAGAGUCUGAUUAGCUUGUAAGUGAUCCAGCAUCACAGUGGCGGCUGCUGUAUCACUAUGGCAACUACAUAAGUGUGGUGCUAAUUCAAAGAAGGAAACUAAAUUUAGGGAAGUGUUGUAAUCUCAGGUCUCACCUGAUAUAUUAAUCUAAUUUAGACUUAAAUGACAUGAAAGUAUGACUGAUGUGGAUUAGUGCAUGAAAGAUCUCAAAGGACUGAAUGUGAUGAUAUGACUCUAUUCAUACACAUGACUGGUUUGAUGCUACAUGCUACAUGCAUCACCAAGAAGAGCAGUGACCAGCUAAAGUGAGGUAAAAGAGGUAAAAGAUUUAUUUUAUAUCUCGAGAAGGGGUCUGGAACCCCAAGGACUGCAGGAGGAUAUGGUUUUAUAGAAUGUAAAAAUGCAUGUAAUUCUAAAAUGCACAUACGUGAUCAUGUUUAUACUGUUUAUACUCUAUGAUACUUGAUUCUAUUCUUUCUAUUACUUUGUUCAGGAUUAUAUUAACAGGAUGAAUCUGGGAUAUCUAUGGAAAAAGUCCACAGCAUUUAGAUCAAUGUUACUUUGUGAAGAAAAGCUGCUUAAACCUAUGUUUAAAGGGGAAAAGGUCUUUAUGACAUUUAUUAUUUAAAGCAGAGGUAUAGCAGUAGCUACAUUGGCCAAAACUUUAAUUUUCCUUCCAAAAUUCCCAGUAAGACCAGAAAGUUUCAUUCCACAUUUGUCUUCUCUAUACUGAUACUGACUGUAUUGUAAAUAAACUGUUUUUCACAGUUUA